CCCGCCAGGAUGCUGCUUCGAGUGCUGGUGCUCAGCGCGGCUCUGGCGCUCUGCAGCGCAGCAAAUCCUUGCUGUUCCAACCCAUGUCAAAACCGAGGCGAGUGUAUGAGUGUAGGAUUCGACCGGUAUUCCUGCGACUGUACAAGAACGGGAUUCUAUGGGGAAAACUGCACAACACCUGAAUUUCUGACAAGAAUAAAAUUACUUCUAAAGCCUACUCCAAACACUGUGCACUACAUACUUACCCACUUCAAGGGAGUCUGGAACAUUAUCAAUAACAUUCCUUUCCUGAGAAAUUCAAUUAUGAAAUACGUUUUGACAUCCAGAUCACAUUUGAUUGACAGCCCACCAACUUACAAUGUGGAUUAUGGCUACAAAAGCUGGGAAGCCUUCUCUAACCUCUCCUACUAUACCAGAGCCCUUCCUCCUGUAGCUGAUGACUGCCCAACUCCCAUGGGUGUGAAAGGAAAGAAGGAGCUCCCUGAUUCAAAAGAGCUUCUGGAGAAAGUUCUUCUGAGAAGAAAGUUUAUCCCUGAUCCUCAAGGCACUAACAUGAUGUUCGCAUUCUUUGCCCAACACUUCACCCAUCAGUUUUUCAAGACAGAUCAAAAACGAGGACCUGCUUUUACCAAAGGACUGGGCCAUGGGGUGGAUUUGAAUCAUAUUUAUGGUGAAACUCUGGACAGGCAGCACAAGCUGCGCCUUUUCAAGGAUGGAAAAAUGAAAUACCAGGUAAUAGAUGGAGAGAUGUAUCCCCCCACAGUCAAAGAUACUCAGGUGGAGAUGAUCUACCCACCUCAUACCCCUGAGCACCUGCAGUUUGCUGUGGGGCAGGAGAUCUUUGGUCUGGUACCUGGUCUGAUGAUGUAUGCCACCAUCUGGCUUCGAGAACACAACCGAGUGUGUGAUGUGCUUAAACAAGAGCAUCCAGAGUGGGAUGAUGAGCGCUUGUUCCAGACUACCAGGCUAAUUCUCAUAGGAGAGACAAUUAAGAUAGUGAUUGAAGAUUAUGUACAGCACCUGAGUGGCUAUCACUUCAAAUUGAAGUUUGACCCAGAACUGCUUUUCAACCAACAAUUCCAAUACCAAAACCGUAUCGCUGCUGAAUUUAACACCCUCUACCACUGGCAUCCUCUGCUGCCUGACACCUUUCAAAUUGAUGACCAGGAGUACAAUUUUAAACAGUUUCUCUACAACAAUUCCAUACUAAUAGAGCAUGGCCUUACUCAGUUUGUUGAAUCCUUCACCAAGCAAAAUGCUGGCCGGGUUGCCGGCGGCAGGAAUGUUCCUCUUGCUGUACAGAUGGUAGCCAAGGCUUCCAUUGAUCAGAGCAGACAGAUGAAAUACCAGUCUCUUAAUGAGUACCGGAAACGCUUUUCACUGAAGCCCUACGCUUCAUUUGAAGAACUUACAGGAGAGAAGGAAAUGGCUGCCGAAUUGGAAGCCCUGUAUGGUGACAUUGACGCUAUGGAGUUGUACCCUGCCCUGCUGGUAGAAAAGCCUCGUCCAGAUGCUAUAUUUGGGGAAACCAUGGUAGAACUUGGAGCACCAUUCUCCUUGAAAGGACUUAUGGGUAAUCCUAUCUGCUCACCUCAGUACUGGAAACCGAGCACUUUUGGUGGAGAAGUAGGUUUUAAAAUCAUCAACACUGCCUCCAUCCAGUCCCUCAUCUGUAAUAACGUCAAGGGCUGUCCCUUUACUUCAUUUAAUGUUCAGAAUCCACCCCAUGCCAAAACAGUCACCAUCAAUGCGAGUGCUUCCCACUCCAGACUAGAUGACAUCAACCCCACAGUGCUAUUCAAAGGACGCUCCACGGAACUAUAGAAGGCGACUGAUCAUAUUUAUUUAUUUAUAUGAACGAUUACUUUUAACUUAAUUAUUUAAUAAUAUUUAUACUCAGUGCCUUAUGUUACCUUAAUAUCUGUCACAGGAAGGAGCACUGAUGUGUUGUUUUUUUUCAGAGCAAGAAAGAUACAUGUCCAGAUUCCUGUGUUACGUUUUUCUUUACUUGAAUUUCCAUGUUUAGUAUGGUUUGAUAAGGAUAAAAGCAAAGAUGUUUGGAAACUUAAAUGUUGUUACAUGAUGACAAAAUAUUUGUCAUUAUUUACACCUACCUAUCAUGAUAUGUUAGAUGAAAUUAAGGGGUUGUGGGAGGAGAAAGAAAUUUGGGACAUUUACCUGUCAUCAAAAAAGCAAACAGUAAAGGGUACAAGUAAAUUUUUUAAAUCUAUAUUUAAAUCAUACUCUACUAUAAUUUCAUGGUUUUGUUAAAGGAGCCUUGAAAUAAUAAUAUGAAAUUUCUAAAUUUAUAGGGUAGUAACACAUUUGAAAGUUUAUUUUAUUUCCCAGACUAAAGUAAGUAAGCUUGUACCCACAUUGAUAAAAGGAACUAUUAUAAAUAGUAUAGAUACUAUAAUUGCUGCUUUAAAUACAGUGUGAGAGAUUUUGUUUUUUCACCAAGAGUGAAAAUCUAUUCAAUGUGACUGUUACAACUUCUUUUUAAAAUCAAAAUGCUAGUGCAUAAAUGUAGUGAAGCCAUUGAAGUCUUAUUUCAGAGUGAAAAUAUUUUCCAUAAGGAGAUUCCACAAUUUGUGCACAUGAAUAGUAACAAGUAAAAUCUAUAACAUCAAAAGAUUUUACAUUAGAAAUAAUGUGUAACCAGAAUUCUAAAUUGAAGUUCAAAUUUGGGUAUAAGCUUUAGAAGACUUUCCUAUCUUUGAGUUCAGGCCUAGAACUCAAUAGGUUUUGUAAUGAAGUUAAUAAAUUGAACAUGCAUAUUUUCCCAGCUUAUUUGCUAUACAAUAUGAUUUAGCAGUCCAUUUCAGAGGGCAAAAAGUAGCAGUGGCCUCAUAGAAAGCUUCUUCAAAAUGUUUAAGUCUCUUUCACACUGGAAUCUCUUAAUAAGCCAGUUCAAUAUGUGCAUCUGAAUCAAUCCUAAUCACUUGCAUUGCUGCUUCUUUGAUUUAAAAGAAACUUUGUUUUGAUUAAUGUACUUUUUUCAUUUUGGUUUCCUGAUUUUGAGGUCAGAGAUCUUCAAUCUUUACAUUGUAUUUAUAUUUCUUACUUGAACUUUACCCAUUUUCAGGAAAGCUUCAGCUCAGGACUCCUCUUAAAAGGAAUAAAAGAAAAAAAUAAGACCUUUUCUUAAAAAAUAGUAUUCACUUAUUUUAAAUGAAAGACAUAAACAGUUUAUUUAUAAUUUUGACUAUUUGUACCUGAAGAUCAUACAAACAGGCGAAGAAUUGUUAAGGCACUCCCAACAGGAAGAAAGUUACAUUUCUGUUCUAAUGAAUUCCUUUUUUAUUUAAGAACCCAAAUCAGUCAGUGAAUCAUUCUGGGUAAUAAUAAAACAGAAAAUAAUAACUGAUGAUAGAUUUCUACAUCUCAUUGUCAGCUGACAUUUUAUGGUACUGUAUUCUACAUAAUUAUUUAUUAAGGAUUAUUAUUUAUGUUUAAUUAAGUAUCUUUGUAUAUAAACUGUAUUUAAACCUACAAUCAUUGAUUUUUUUGUUCAUGUCAAAAUCAAUAUUUUUUGUGAUUACCUCUCUGAAUUUUGUAACCUAUAAAAAUUAAAUUAAGACUGAUGGAUAAAAUGUAAGGAAUCUAACUUUGGUAGAUUGAGAUAUUUAAGGUCAAAAUUCAUUUCCUAGAUAUUUACUUAUACAUCAAUCACAGAGGACAAUGUCUGAUUAACUUAAACAUGCCCUAAAUAGUGACCUGUUUUAUAUAUAUAUAUAUAUAUAUAUAUAUAUAUAUAUAUUCAAACACGAUCUACUGAAAAAAUAAUCUGUACAAAUACUAUGGGAUUUGACAUUUUCAAAUCAAGCAUUGAUUAUGAACAACAAAAUUUAUGUAAAUAAUUGAAAGCAUAAUGUCAAAUAAGUUUUUAGAAAAGAAACAACUCAGGAAAAUUUUUCUUUAAGAUUUUGUGUUUUGAAGACAUAAGGUUAAGAACUAGUCAACAUUAGAAAAGGUUGUAUAGGAGACUGUUUGGUGUCAGAUAUUUGUUUUUUGUUUUCUGUUGAUCUUGGAAAAACAAAUCAACUUGAUUGUUACAAGACCAUCCUGCUGACUGAACCCGGUACUCAGGUUGUGUGUGAAUAUUUCGAUGCCUCAGACAAAUAUGUAUUUAAAUUACCUUAUGUAAAAUAGAAGUCUUGAAACAAAUGCCUGUUUAUUUUUAUACUAUUUAAGUAUUGAAAAUCUUCUGAAAAU